GUAAGCCUGAACUCAGUGUGUUGUUCUAUUCCCUGUUAUUUAUCUUGUCCAUCCCUCUGUGUCACUUUUUGUUGAUCUCAUAGGCAUCAGAGAAGCUCAAGAUUCUCCUUGUGCUCUGCUGUGAGAUGAAAAACUGCCCCAAGUGCCAUUUCUUUUGAGCAAAAGGAGCUACAAAUGAUUGAAGAAUGCGAGACCUAACGGCUCAGGUAACGAGCAGUCUGCUGCAGUUUCCAGAGGUGACUGUUGAGGCACUUGGGGAAGAUGAGAUCACCCUAGACUCUGCGCUGUGUGGGAAGUUUUCUGGAGGCAGAAGUGGCCUGGCGUGGCUGGCGUGUGGCCCCCAGCUGGAGGUGGUGAACUCGGUGACAGGAGAGCGGCUCUCUGCGUAUCGCUUCAGCGGGGUGAACGAGCAGCCUCCCACUGUCCGUGUGGUGAAGGAGUUCUCUUGGCAGAAGAGGACUGGGCUCCUGGUUGGCUUGGAGGAAGCAGAGGGAAGUGUUCUCUGUCUGUAUGACCUUGGGACCUCAAAAGUGGUUAAAGCAGUUGCUCUUUCAGGAAGGGUGACUGCCAUCGAGCCCAUCAGCAAUGACGGCGGAGCCAGCGUGAGCACGCGGCACCUGCACCAGAGUCUGCGAUGGCUCUUUGGAGUGGCAGCAGUGGCCACAGAUGUUGGCCACGUCCUUCUGGUUGACCUUUGUUUGGAUGAUUUAUCUUGCAGUCAGAAUGAAGUAGAAGCAUCGGAUCUAGAAGUUGUCACUAGAAUUCCUGCUGAAGUUCCACAAAGAAGAGAAGCUGUGACCAGGGAAGGGAGGCAUCUCUGUUUUCAAUUACGAAGUCCUUCAGGAACAGCAGUAUCAACCCUGUGCUACAUAAGCAGAAGCAACCAACUCGUUGUGGGAUUUUCUGAUGGCUACUUAUCACUGGGGAACAUGAAAACUUUGAAGAAGGCGCACUACACUCAGCUUGGAGGAGGGAUUCCUGUCUGUUCUCUUACUUUUCAAGAGCCUGAGAAUGAUCUUCAAAAUUGUUGCUACUUAUGGGCUGUUCAGUCUACACAACAAAGUGAAGGGAAUGCUGUCAAUUUACAUCUCUUGCAGUUAGCAUUUGGUGGCAGGAAAUGUCUGGCAUCAGGUCAAGUCAUGUAUGAGGGUUUUACAUGCUGUGUCAAGCUCUUCAGUUUAGAUCUCUCUGGUGGAAUCUUUCCCUGGAGUGGGCAGACCAGCAAUACUAAAUUCCUCAGCUGUCAGACCAUAGAAAAAUUUUGCAACCAUGCUGACAGAGAGGAUAACGUUAAUGAAGUAAUCUCUCCUGACACCAGCGUAUCAAUCUUCAGUUGGCAAGUGAAUACCUAUGGUCAAGAAAAGCCAUCUGUCCAUUUGGGAGUGUUUGACAUCAAUCGCUGGUAUCAUGCCCAAAUGCCAGACUCACCAAGGCCAGAAGAAUUCCUUCAUGAUUGCCCCUAUUUUGCACUGUGGUCACUGGAUCCUGUUAUAAGCAUGACUUCUCCAAACCUCAUUUUGGAUAUUCUGGUACACGAGCGUAGUCUGAGUCGGGGGGUUCCUCCUUCUUAUCCACCACCUGAACAGUUUUUUAAUCCAAGCACCUAUAAUUUUGAUGUGACAUGCUUGCUCAACUUGGGAGUUGUUCACAUGACUUGCACCGGCUUCCAGAAGGAGACCCUGAAGUUUUUGAAGAAAUCUGGUCCUUUAAUAAGUGAGGCCAUUCGUGACAGCUACACUCGGUGUCUUGUAGCUGGCUUGCUGUCUCCAAGACUGGUUGAUGUCCAACCAUCCAGUCUGAGUCAGGAGGAGCAGUUAGAGGCAGUGUUGUCAGCUGCUGUGCAGACAGGCUCCUUAGAACUUCUGACGGGAUGCAUUAAACACUGGACUUCUGAAGAGCAGCCAAGUUCUGCUGUAAAUUUACGGUUUGUUCUCGAGUGGACAUGGAACAAAGUGAUCUGUACAAAAGAUGAACUGGACCAAAUAUGUGUUCCGCUGUUUGACGGCUCCUGCAACUUCAUUGACCCCCAGACAUUACAGUCCCUUCAGCACUGCCAGCUGCUGCUGAGCAACCUCAGCACAGUCCUAAACUGUUUUCUAACAGAAGCCCGAGAGCUUACUGAGAAAGGUUUUUCAGACUUAACAAAUAAGCAGAUGGUAACCAGCCUCAUUUUUUUGUAUGUACAAGUGGUGAUCUGGUUCUGUCGAUCCAGUCUUCUUCCCGUGGGUUUAGAUGAUCACAUGCAUUUGUCCAGACCUUUCUACAAUUACCCUCUGAUUCAGAGCUACUAUACAGGUCACCGACAGAAACUCGAGCUCUUAUCAAGAGGCAAAUGGGAUUCUGACUGCUUGAUGAUUGAUGGAAUGGUUUCCCAGUUGGGAGAGGAAGUGGAGAAGUUGUGGCAGAGAGAUGAAGGCGGCACUGGGAAAUACCCACCUGUCAGUUUACAUGCACUGCUGGAUCUCUAUUUGCUAGAAAGCAUUGAAGAAAGGGACAAACAUGCAAUUACAAUUUACUUGCUGCUGGAUAUUAUGCAUUCCUUUCCAAAUAAAACAGAAACUUUACUUGUUUCCUUUCCAACUGCCUUUGCCAUCCCUUGGGGUCUUGUUAAGCUGAUUCGAGGAUUUUGGUUUCUAGAUCACAAUGAUUAUGAAAAUUCCCUGGCCCUGCUCUUCCAUCCAGCUACACUCAAGACUGUGUCAUGGCAACACAUGAGGAUAAUCCAGUCCCUCAUGUGCCAGGGAGAGCACAGGCGAGCCCUGAGGUACAUGCAGAUGAUGAAGCCGUCGAUGUCCAGCAGCAGUGAAGUGCGGCUGUUCCUCACCGUGUUGUUGUCCAACAGGUGCAUGGUGGAGGCUUGGGGUCUGUUGCAGCAGCACACCACAAAGUUAAACAUAGAAGAGCUGCUAAAGCACAUGUAUGAAAUCUGUCAGGAGAUGGGGCUGAUGGAGGAUUUGCUGAAGCUGCCUUUCACAGACACAGAAAAAGAGUGUUUGGAGAAGUUUUUACAGACCAAAUCUGGUGUUCAGAAUCAUGAAUUCCUCUUAGUCCACCAUCUGCAGCGUGCCAACUACAUCCCAGCACUCCAGCUGAAUCAGUCCAUGAAGGCCAAUCUGAUGAAUGGUCGUGAUCCUCGUUUGAGAGAGAGAGCAGUAGCCAGAAAUUCUCUAUUAGACCAAUAUAUCAAGAUCCUUCCCACAGUUCAAAGGAAGCUGGCAGUAGAGAGAGCCAAGCCGUACCGUUUGCCUUCGUCGGUCUCAAGAGAAGUCCCAAGGCCAAAGCCAUUAUCAACAGCAACAAGGCAGGCUAAUGCAGGAAAUGUGCAUACAAGAACAAGUUUAAUCACUAAAGUACUGUCCAGAUUUAAAGAAGCAUGGCUAGGAAACAGGACAACCAAUUUCUCAGAAUAUAAGAAGUAAGCAGCCUUUUCAUGAAGUUUAGCCUUGUACUAUGUGUUUGAGGGGAGACAGAAAAAGGAGAGAAAUCUGUUUGAAUUAUGUUAGUGUCUUGGUGUGAAGGUACAUGUGAAAAUAGCUUUGUUUUGCUUUUUUGCACAUCAAAUAUACAACGUUUGAGACACAAGUCAUCAUAAGAACUAUUUGGAGAAACAGACAUUUCAGCUAUGACAAUCUUAGUUAGGCAAGUACAUGUAUUUACAUUAUGAGAAAUGUGUUUUCAAAGUUUAAGACAGCUGAAACUAAAGCUUUGACUACCACCAAGCUCUUGGUGUACAUACUUCGACAGAUGAACAAAAAGAAGUGUCUGUCACUUCCAUGUGGGCCUAAUAUAUCACCCCAGCAGUGAGGGUUUACCUGUAUUUCUUGUUCACUGAGUGUUCUUGUUGUCAGCAUCACAGCAUGCUUUUUUUUUUUUGUUUAUUUAUUGAUGUUCCUAGUUUAAAAUGAGUAUUUUAACAGAUUGCUGGAUUUGGUGGUUCGUCCUAUUCCUUCCCGCUCUGUGGCACAGGAUGAGACCCAGCAGUCCCCAUGCAGAGCUUCUACUUCUUUUGUGGCAUCCAGCCCCCUGAGAUCAAAUACACAUUGCUCCAGCUCCCAAAACAAUCUGCCCAGAGCAUCAGAAUUGAAUGUACUAGAAACUCCUCUUGUGGUCAAGGUUUGUAUUUUAAAAACUCAGUAGCAGCCAACCAAACUAGAAGCUUGUGAGCUUUGUUUAAAAGGAAACCCCUGGAUUCAAAUUGUGAGGUAUUUUUUGCAUGCAUGUAGUUAUUGUAUACACUGUCCUUUUCGCAGCAGUAAAAUGGGAAUAGAGGGAAAGUUUAGUUUUCAUUUAAUUGCAGCAGUCACUUUGUCCCACAUCUUUGAGAAAUACACUUGUUUUUAUUGCAUGGAACAAAGUUCAACCUGGACUUUUCAAUCUAUACUUAGCUGCCUAAAGAUGCAAUUUGUGGCCUAACCAUGUCAUUAUUUAAGUGCCAAGUAACUUUAUGUAGUUUGAUGUGCAUUUCUACAAUCAAGAACUGUGCUUCAAAUUCUUAAUCCAAUCACAUGAAUGACAACUGAGUAAUGUCAGUGAUGUCAGUCUCUGUCAGAUUCAGUGAUGACUCUCUGCAGCAGUUUUGCUUAUCAGUUGAUUGUGUUAAAUUGUAUUUCCAGUCACCGCCAUCAAACUGUUACCACGCAAGGCAGUAACACCUGACAGGGCCCCUUGGUUCUGAUCUUUUUGCCUUUGCCUACCUGAAUGAAAUCACUGUCAUCUCCCUAAAUAACAACCUUUUUCUUGUUAGGAAACAUCAUCUAUACUAUUGAACUAGCUUCAUCCUUCUCCCUUCUAACUCUUUCAAUACUGUAAAACAUUUGAGCCGGGAAGACCUGAACAAUGCUACAUGAAGAUAUGUAGGUAUUUUACAGCACUAUCCCUUCAUCUUGUGUGCAGAUUAAUUAAUUAGUGCAGAAAUAAGCUGUGGCUGUUGCUCUGUUGACUGGCAUCUGGAAUACAGUAAUUGAAAAUACUGCCUUGUGGAAUAAUGGUUGUGUGUCUUUUAAAAGAGCAGCAUCGAAAUUGCAAAAAUUACUGGGCUAAGGAGAGAACAUCGUAGACAACAAGAUGCCAUAUUCUUGUUUCUUCAGGAAAUUUGAAAAAUAACCUUUCUGUUGUUAUGGCUGAAGCUUUAAGCACUGGAGACCCAAUUGUAUUUUACCCUGUCAGAGGCAGGGGGUCACUCUGGCUGUGGAGCAGUGCAGAGGGCACUGCAAUGUGACGGUAACCCCUGGUUACGUACACCUUGUGUUGGAAAACUGCUCCUGGUUGUGGGCAGUGGCAAAUGGUCAGUUCUGAAGAGAAAUAUCAGAAACAGAGCAUGUGAAUUGCACACAGGGACUGCUCUCAUCCCUGUGCCUCAAAUACAUAAACUCUCAGCUGUGAGGUAGUACAGAGGGUGUAUGUAUGUUUCACAUUCAGGGCUGAGUGGAAGGGAAAAGCGGCUUUUCUGUGUCUUUAAUUUCUUCUAAUUCAGUGUGAAAUUAGUCUGUUUGCUACUGAAUAAAGCAUUAACAGACAUUUUUUAACUUUAGGUUGUUGAAGACAGUGCAGUGACAGCAUAAACUUAAGAAGCAGCACCUAAAACCCCACCAUAUAGUGAACUACAUCCAUAAAGCAAUCUUCAACACCGCUAUGAUACUAUAAAGCAUCAAUUUGUAUGUGAUCUGCCUCAGAAUAAUAAAGGUCAGUGUGAUGCAGCUGAGGGAAAUAGAGACUUUUAUGACUUUAAGUAUCUCAGAGUAACUUUCAUAGUUUUUACAAGUUCUACUGAUACAACAAAAAAAGCCUUUACACGGAAACAGAAUUUAAUGUAUUCACACUCCUGAAAAUCAUGAAGGUUACUUUUCAAAUAUUCCCGUGACUCAAAGUUUCCAUUGCCCACAAAUACAAACCCAGACAGUAGGACAAGACACUCUCAUAAUUCUUAGGCUAACAACAAAAAGCAGGCUUAUCAACCACAGUAUCAAGUAGUGUGAAACAGGCCAGUGCACCCAGAAGCUGGAUCACAUCAGGUCAGAUUCCAAAAACAGUCAACAGAACAAGCCUCCUUCUUCACAGAAGCAAAAGCACAAUACAGUUCAUGACUACUUACCUAACUACAGAAACUACACAUAGAUCUGCACUAAGAACAAUUAUUAAAUAAAGGAAAGAUUAAUUGAAGAUGUAAUAAAGACAUAUACCAAACACACAUUAGGAAUAACUAGUAGCUUAUCUGCUAAGGCACUUCUGUUUCCAGGCUGCCUGCUUUACAUAGUUGCAGAAUGGGGCAAAGCAAGGCAGCUAUGCUUACUUGUGAAGCAGAUAGUACAGUGGGUCCAUGAAGUAGGAACUUGAACUUAGAUAAUAAGAUUAAGAUUCCAGAAUUAGUACCCAAGAAGUUACCAAUUUAAUAUGUCUGUGAAUUAAUACCGACCCUUCAGGGGUUUGCUCACUAUAGCAAAUACUAUUAUAGCUUUUAACUCGAACUUUCUUCUGUGUCUGCUGCAAACAAUAGCAUAGUGAAACUGUUUUAUGAUUAGGCUUUUGCAGCCAAAUGGGUUUUAUUAGAGUUAGACCCAGGAAAGGGGUUAGUUCGUACAGUUAUGUUCUGACUUCAGACUUCAGGCUUGCUAAUAACAGAGAACUCAACACCACGCUUGUUGAGGCGAUCAAUCAGUUUUGUUUUCGAGAAGACAGCUCCUGGAGAAUAUACACCACCCCUGUUAGUGAAAAUCAAAAAGGAGAAAUGUUAGUGGCACAGUGAUUGAGGGACACCUUUUUGUUAAGCUAGAGAUGUACUUCCCUGACUAAGGAAGAAAAAGCCACUUAGUCCGAGAAGAGAGUGGGUGAGGAAUUUGGCAGGGUGGUUAUAAUCACAGGUUCAUUUCUGCAUCCAGCAAGCUCUACAGAAACCACUCCAUUAACUGAACAUAAAGACAUUGAUGCCAAGGCCUGACUAAAAGCCUGUGACUACAUCCUUUCAAACUGAUGGGCUGGUGAAGAGCACGUGGCUUUAAAUCAGCUUGCAGUGAACCAUCUCCCUUGCACAGCCAGUUGGGUGAGGUAACACAAAUCUACAGGGCUGAUUAACUGUAUUUUCAAAGAGAAACAUUUGCACACAGCAGCUUUAAGGGAGAGCAAGCUGCUCAGCAUGGGAAGGUACUUACCGUUUAGGCAGAGAAGCUGCAUCUUCCAGAAGAGAUAGAGCUGCUUGAACCAUUGCAAUUGGUGUAGCAACAUAUCCAGGCUCUGACAAAAAAAAAAACAAAACAAACCAAAACCCCCAAUGAAAUAUGGUGCAUUGAAAUGUAGAAACUAAUCCUGCUCUUCCCUACAGCAUUCUGGAGAAUAAUGUGUUUGGCAAUGAAAACAGCCUUUCCCAUUUCAGAACAGCUUUUUUUACCUAGUAAUCAGACCAAGUAGCUGGUGAAAUCCUUAAGAUCUAAUCCAGACAAAUACUGCUUCACAUAAUGGCCUCUAACCACACAACUGUGAGUGACCACAUCAUGGUGACAGAGGACUUUCUGACACAGCAAUAGCUUUCCCCAUCCUGCACACUUCAAUUCAGAAUUUUACCAUGCAACACUUGCAUUCUGCCACAUCUCUAGUUAUUUAAAGAAGCUGUGCUCCAGUAACUCAUUUCUGAAUGUACAUUCUUGCUCUUUCCAAACUUCAGAUGUCAUGUCUCCUCAAGGACUGACCUGAACAAAAGUAUAUAAUAGUCAGAAAUUAUACCACACCAGACCUGUUUAAGUUCACUCUCUGGAAACUGGAAAUAAAGUACUAAGUCCAGGCUGUAACAACUAAAAACUAUUCUUACAGCCCUCUUACUUCAAAAGGCCUGCUUUGCAAAAAUGAAAAUCAGACCAAGGAAAGUCAGAGGAAAGAGAUUCACAAGAAUGCAAGUGAACUGGCUAUUUCAAAACCCAGGUCACAAUGAAUUCUAGUAUCCAAGUUAAUACACUGUAAAGGCUGUUGUCUUUGUUUCUGUUGCAAGUGCUUCUCAAAGGUGAAAGGGACAGCAGUGCAAUCAGAAAUGUAUUUUAGAGCAGGGAAUGCUAGGCAAAAUACAUACCUGGUCCUUUCACUUCAGUGCAGAUCUUCACAUUUGGUUUGCCAUUCUGGGGAUCUUGUCCCUCACUGUAACCCUCACCAAAAAAAGUCAUUGUAAAAGAGGUUCCAUCCAUCUGUAGUGGACAAGACAAGCAUGGUCACCAAAAGAGAAACUGAUUGCUACCAGGAAAGCACAAGUAGUAAAUAAAAGUAUCCAAAUUUUAUAUAUCGAAUCCUGCCAAAUACUAUAAUCCAUUUAAACAUGAGAGGAGUUAUUUUGAAUUACUGCUAAAAAGGUAUAAUCUGAAUUUUUAAUUGCUUCCACUUGGUUGCACUGGCCUUGUACUAAAGUCUGUUUGUUUUCUCAGUACUUUCAGUCCUGGGUUUUUUGCUUAUCAGUCUCCCUUGGUCAUCAGCUUUGAUAGAGUGCUCUGAGCCAUCCAUAGGAAUACAUCAGGCUCAGGCCCAGCAACGUUAUCCAUUUAUUCCUCAUAGGAGUUACACACACUUUGAUGUCUAAAAGCAGAAGGCAUAGUUAGUUAAAUAUCCAGUAACUAAACAGGCACACACAACAUGCAUUUGGACCUAGGGGGCAGUUGUAUGAGUGGAGGCUGAGGUUACUUGGUCUGUUCAGCCUGGAGAAGAGGAGACUGAGGGGAGACCUCAUUGUAGUUACACCUUCCUUGUGAGAGGAAGAGGAGGGGCAGGCACUCAUCUCUGUGGUGCCAGUGACAGAACUCAAGGGAAUGGCCUGGAGUUGUGUCAGGGAGGUUUAGGUUGGAUAUCAGGAAAAGGUUCUUCACCCAGAAGGUGGUUGGGCACUGAACAGGCUCCCCAGGGAAGUGGUCAUAGCACCAGCCUCACAGUUCAAGAAGUGCUUGGAUAGUGCUCUCAGGCACUUGGGGUGUGACUCUUGGGGUGUCCAGUGCAGGGCCAGGACUUGGACUGUGAUGAUCCUUGUGGAUCUCUUCUAACUCAGAAUAUUCUGUGAUUAAUUUAGAAAUUACUUCUUUGAGGCUAAGCAGUUGACUCUAAAUUACUAUUCCGCCAUUACCACAACAAAUGUAUUCUAUAACUGUGGUAGAAAACAAUCAGUUACCUGCUUCUGGGUUGGUCCUUUCUUUGUGAAGCAUCCAGCAGAGAAAAAUUCUGGGUACUGUAUGAAUAGAGGAGAGAAAAAAAAAAUAAAAGAAACAAAAGACCAACAGUAAAUAAAAGGGAGAAAAAAAGAUAUCUCCAAACACUAAAUUAUUUUGGGUUUUGAAAACUUACUUUUGUCAGAAGUUUUCUUCCAAAGUUAAACUUCACCAGAAGAAGAAAUAACAUGCCCAGAAACAUCAGCUUGAUAACAGAGCCAAGACCACCUACAGUCACAUAAGCACCAUACUGGACCUGAAGCAAGAGUGUAUUUUCAGUGAUAGGAUUUACAUUAAUUUUUUCCAUCAACUGAUUUUUAUAAAUCAAUCUACCCCCUAAGUAAGAUGCAGUUAUUUUGUACAACAUACAUUGGUUUAAACAGGGCCUUAAACAAUUGUCUUAGUUCUAAGGAACUGUUUGAAGAAUGCUUCACUUCAUCAUUCAUUCUGGGAAGACAAGGGAACUACAGAGUGAAGAGGGAGCAGACAUGGUACACAAGAACAGAAAACUUUACAGAAAGAUGUGUUUUGUCAUCCAAUUUCAGCCUUCUUUCCUAGGUCUUCCUUUUCUCCUUAUGCUUUUUUUAAAGAGAAACUGAAAUAGCAAUGGCAAGCCUUUCUCAUUUGUAGCUUUCAAGUGCAUUUUUAAAGCACCAUUUCACCCCUCAUUGCUUAAAUGAUGCCUGUGAUUCUGCACAGCAGUUAUACAGAUUGUUGUGCUCAACUCCUCUCAGGAAACCAUGCAAAACAAAAAUUAAUCAUCUUUUCCACCACCAUUACUUCACAUUGCCUUUACUCUGCACACUGGAGACCCAAGCACUAAAGAUAUAAAUGAGCAGCAUAUGAAUUCUGUAUCAGAAUAUUGACUACAAUAUACUGAGCUGGCUAUAGCUACCACAGACUACAAUUAUGAUGCUUUUAGAAGCUCUGCUGAUACAACAAGAAAAGUUUCUGCACAGAAGCAGAAUUUAAUAUAUUUAUCAUGAAGGCUACCUUUCAAAUAUUCCUGUGUGUUGGGGAAGAUGAAAGAAGAAAGCCUUACAAAUAUGAUUGCCUGGCAAAAGAUUUUGAGAAUAUAGAAACUAUAAGCGAGAUUGAAAUGAAAGCAAGCUUUGACAUCCCUUAGUUACUGAACAACAGGAAAACAAUGGUGUGGCCGGCUGAAGGUAAUCCCCUUUGGAUGAUACAAGACCCUCUGCAAGCAGGCAGGUCCAAGGGUCAGAGCAGACCCUGCCAGCUUGGCAGAAGGGGUCCGAAGAGUAGGUUUUAGAGUUUAAAAUGUAGCACAAUAUGGUAAUGUAGUGAUUCUUAUAGGCUGUAUGUAAAUGCUAUAGGAUUUGUAUGCUGUACUAGAUUGGUUAGUGAGAAUCAGAAUAUUCAACACAGAAGAUGAUUUAUUGUAUUGUAACGGGAACUUCGCUCUCUUAUGCUCUUGCUUUUGCUCUUGUUCUCUUGCUUUUACUCUUGCUCUUAGCUCUUGCCUUUUUACGUUAUUACCCUCUCAUCCUUUCUCUUCUCUCGGGCCUGCUCCGAGCUGCAGCUGGCAGCUCCCAGCAGGGCCCUGUACCCACGCCCUUUGCAAUAAACCGCAAGUUCCACGA